AGGGGCAGUACUGAAUGAAACACAGCACUCAUCCCUCUGGCUCCUGGGCCUUGGCUCCUCCUCCAGCCUCCUCCGCUGGGAUGCAUUGGAGCACUGGAGUGUCGUAGGGUGGGAUGAAAACCGAGUAAUGGUCUCGAGGGUUACUGCUGUCCUGCUCUCCAACUCGUCCUCCUCCAUCUAGAGAUCCAAGAGAGCGCACCCCUGGUUGGACCUCUGGACAGACACCUCUCCGUUGCAUGGACUAUCACAGAACGCAAGACAGACACUUCCUACUGCCUCACGUUCGUUUAGGGGAACCCUGUUUUUCUAGAAUAGGUUUGCCGUCCUUCCGUUUCACAAUGAGGCUUUGUUGGACUUGAGUUUUAGCAAAACGAGGAGCCGGGUUCAGCGGAAAACACAGAAGAAGACUUAGGUCAGUUUUCAGAGCGACCCUGUCGGGUUUUUGGACAGACUGGUUUCCAGGUGCGGCGCCAACAGAGAUGGGCUCAGACGUGCGUGACCUCAACGCCCUACUGCCCCCGGUGCCAGCCCUACCAGGGGGGAGUGGGAACUGUGCCCUGCCUGUCAGCAGUGCCCCUCAGUGGGCCCCUGUGCUGGACUUCCACACCGGAGCCCCGUACAGCUCGCUGGCCCCCCACUCCUUCAUCAAGCAGGAGCCCAGCUGGAGCUCCGGAGACCCCCAUGAGGAUCCUCACUGUGGCCUGAGUGCCUUCACCGUGCACUUCUCCGGCCAGUUCACUGGCACAGGGGCAUGCAGGUACGGGGCCUUCGGGGCCCCGCCUCCACCCAGCCAGCCACCACCAAGCCAGCCAAGGAUGUUCAGCAAUGCACCUUACCUGACCAACUGUAUGGACACCCAGCCCCCGUCCAGGAACCAGGGUUACGGUGCUUUCGAUGGCGCCACUAAUUACGGUCACACUCCCACGCAUCAUUCCUCCCAGUUCCCUAACCACUCCUUCAAACAUGAAGACUCCUUCGCUCCACAGACCAGCAUGGGUGAGCAGCAGUAUGCUGUUCCUCCGCCCGUGUAUGGAUGUCACACCCCGUCAGACAGCUGUACAGGCAGCCAGGCCCUGCUGCUGAGGAACCCCUACAACAGCAGUGAUAAUUUAUACCAAAUGGCAUCUCAGCUGGAAUGCAUGGCCUGGAACCCUGUUAACACGCUGGCUUCCACCAUUAAGAGUCACGCCACGGGCUACGAAAGUGACCCAAACACGCCGAUGGUGUACAGCUGCAGCACUCAGUACCGCAUCCACACCCAUGGCGUCUUCAGGGGCAUACAGGAUGUCAGACGGGUGCCGGGAAUCGCCCCCGCCAUUGUUCGCUCCGAGACCAAUGAGAAGAGGCCGUUCAUGUGCGCGUAUCCUGGCUGCAACAAACGCUACUUCAAACUUUCCCACCUUCAGAUGCACAGCAGGAAGCACACAGGUGAGAAGCCUUACCAGUGUGACUUCACUGACUGCGGACGAAGAUUCUCCAGAUCAGACCAGCUCAAGAGACACCAGCGACGACACACAGGGGUAAAACCGUUCCAGUGCGAGACGUGUCAGAGAAAGUUCUCUCGGUCUGACCACCUUAAGACCCACACCCGGACUCAUACAGGUAAAACAAGUGAGAAACCAUUUAACUGCAGAUGGCCCAACUGUCAGAAGAAGUUUGCCAGGUCUGAUGAGCUGGUUCGUCACCACAACAUGCACCAGCGAAACCUAACCAAGCUGCAGCUGGCCAUCUGAGCCAGCACUGACCGCCGCCGCCCUGCAGACAGACAGCACCGGUCUCUACCAGCCUCCAACACGUUCUCUCAGCCACCCCCACACUUGCCUGUGGCCCAUGGUGGAGCAGAGUUAGACCAGGAGGCCAAUGAUAGUAUUAGCUUACAUUUAACUGUACAGCCUUACCAAUCUGGACAGUCUGCCAGACACAACCACCUAGGGGGGUGGAUCUCUGUUCAUAUGACGAUUCAGAGGGUUAUUGUAGCAAGUCAUAUUUAACAAGGAAACCAAAUGAUUUGUGUUUCCUGUUGGUGUUGUAUAAAUGUUUAUUGUUUUUUUUUUCAUUUGAUGUGUUACAGACUAAUUUAUUUUUUAUCACACUUUUUGGAAUAAAGAUCUUUCACUGGAAUUAUAUCUGGAAAAGGGACUUUUGUCCAACAGUGUCUUGGCUAUAGUUUAGCGCUACCCUGUUUUUCAAAUUUAAUCUGAAGCAGGUAGUUGAAUCAUACAGCUACAGUAUAUCCACUUCUGUCUCUUGCUGUAUGUAUUUGUAAAUGUUGUUUUACAUUUGAAGUGGAUUUUGGGACUGUGAGUAAAAUAACGGGGACACUGGCUUGGUGACCAAUAAGUUGUGGUAUUAUACAAUUCUGUAAAUACUGGACCAUGGAUUGCAUUUACAGAAACGUGCUUGCCACGGGAAAAUGAGACUUAACUGUUGUUUAGACUAUAUAUACUUCAAUAGAUCCAGGAAUUACUUUUUUAUGUGUGUAUUUCAUAUACCAUAAAAUACUUCAGCAAUGAAAGCUUUCAUUUUUUUCA